GUGCGCUCCACUCACGGUCGUUGCCCCCGGUGCCACAUUGCAGACCUCCAAAAGUGCGCCCCAAAGACAAGCAGCCGGGUGGCCUUCAAUGUUCAACGGCGCAAUGGCGGCAAGAUGGUUCUGGAGACCCGGUGCCGCGUUUACACCAUGGGCGCCGGGACCCAGAACGCCUCCUUCUCGGAGGAAUACUGCCCCAAGUGCGCCUUGUAUUUCCUCGGGCAGUGGCGGUGCGAGAAGCACGACAGAAGUAGCGGGCGAGGGACUUACGGGAAGAUGAUAAACAUCAAGCUCGUUUCGGGGUCCAGCUCCCUCAAGUAUCUCUUCGUUCCGCGCGAGAAGGCUUGGCACGCCGUCGACGCGAAGCUAUUGCAGUUCCUCGCGGACGAGCUACACCACAGAGGGGGGACAUUCAAUUCUGCAGUUCUGGCAUGGGGCGAGCAACGCACUGAGCUCGCGCAGCGAGGGCUGAUUCCUGGCGAAGACUUGACGCUUCUACGAGCCAGUGGCGUUCGCUUGGAGGACGCUUGGUAUGCGCACCACGCUGCCCGCCUUGCCGGCGGCGCCGCAUCCGAACUCACGUGGUCUUUCACCAGGGGCGGCUUGGAGUCGACGUUGCUCGCUCUCGCGCCAGCCGCGCGCCAAGCCCACGUCGAGCGCGCCGUUGAGCACGCCCGCACUUGCCCGAAGUGUGCUGGCGAUCUCCUUGUCCUUCUGGACGGGGAAUACGGUGCGCGUCGAUUCAUGUGUGGCGGGCUGGACGGUUACGAAAACAUGGGCACGCUGCAAAUGAAACUCUACACGGGGUGUCUGAAGAAUGCCCCCGCCGGGCGAUUCUUCUGCGCUCAAUGUCAGACGGCGCGCGCUGGACAGGACAAUCUCAUCCCGCAGACGCAGAUUUUGGGCAUCGCUCCCGCGGCCGCCCCGAACGGCGAAGCGUCUGCCCUGAGAUACCUGGUGUGCUGCUCGGAUCCAGACAAUCCGAGCGAGACCUUCGACGCCUUCCUGCCGAGGGCGGAAGUAUCACAAGUGCUGCUAGCAACCUUCGAGAAGUCUCUGCUUCCAGCAAAUGGAGACCAUGGGAACAAGAAGGCGCGGCCUGCGUGGCUCAAAGGUGCGAAGCGCCAGCUUUGCCACGGCUGGCUUGCGCUGGACGAGGAACAGAAGCAGUCGAUCCUGGCCUGCGGCGUCGACAAGCUCCAGGGCUCCGACAAAGUCCGGAGAUGCACUGGCGGUGUUAUGACGGCCGCCACGUCUUGCGGCUGGCUCAUGGAUUGGAUGGAGCUGACCCGCGGCGAAUGCAUCGAGGUCGUGUACGCCUUCGCCUUGCGGCUCCACAAGGACGCCCGGGACCUCGGCUGCGUCGUCGGGUGGCUCGGCUACGACAACGCCUGCAAGUUGCUCUCCAUGGCGCGCGCCAAGAAAGAUGAUUUUCUGCCGUGGGCGAAAUCGCUGGCUGAGGAAGUGCGCAUUGUCCUGGGCGGUUUCCACAGGGACAACCACGCGUGGUGUCUGUAUGCGCUCCCGGAAGUUGACCCGCUGCAGCCGGCGAACGAGAAGUUUUUGGCGUUGAAGAACACGGAGGCUUGCGAGCAGCUCAAUGCGUGGAUCUGCCCCCUGACGCGCAUGUGCCUCGAGAUGACGAGAGCCCAUUUCCAGCUCCACUGGCAGGUUGAGGGCUCCCGGGUCGAGAACUUCGGAACACUCCCCCCGCGCGCCGCGCGCCGCUGCUCCGACGGGUGCCCCCAUCGGGGCUUGCAGAUUCUGUUCGAUGUCCAUAACGAGUGGCUGCAGCGCGCGGCGGCGAGCAAGCGCCGCCGCUUCGCCGCCGGGGCCCUGAAGCGCGACCCUGACCCGCCGGCCCCGCGCACGCGCCCGGAGGUCGCGCGGCGCGCGUCGCCGCUGACGUGGGCCAUCGCGACUGCGCUGGGGGAGGCGACGUCGCUGCGCCCCUCCUGCGUGUACGUCCACAUCCUGCUCCUCAUUGCGACGACGUUGGGCGCCGUCCAGCUCAAGUACGGCGGGGUCCUUGCGCGCCACUGCAACCUGCUCAUGCUGCAGCGCGGCGAGCCGGGAGAUGGCAAAUCCAUUGCCUUGUGGCUCGACGUUCAGAUCCUGUCCUACUACGACCAGGCGCAAGAGGAUACCGCGUUCCUGGCGCUGCGCGAGGGGAAGACGCGGCUGCCCCAGACGUUCGACAGUGGGCCUGGCGGCGGCAUUGAUGACCUCAACCAAAUCCACGACCACGACCUCUACAAUAAUCACCCCGGUAACAGCCAAAACAGGUUCCGCGUCAGGAGCCCGCACUUGCGCGGGGCAGUCAUGGUGCACGUCGAAGAGGUUUAUGACCAGGCGCAGAAACCAGACUCAACAGCGGGCAUGAUGCGCUUCCUCGUGGGCCACUUCAUCGCGGUGGUCAACAAGAUCUUGCCCGACUUGCCUCCGCCGCAGCUUGCCCGGAUCCUGGAUAGCGACCCGAAUUACUUCAACGAUCUGACCUACGACGACGUCGUGGAAGCCCGGGCGUCCAAGGGGGAUAACGAGGACAGCGGCUAUUCCGCCGUCCGGAAGGACAUGACGCGGACGCUCCAGUUCAUCCCGCCGAUCGACGUGGGGGAGAAAGUGGUGGGAUUCCUCCUGGGGAAGGCCGGCAAGAAUGAUAACCAGGUGGCGCGGCCAUCAGUUGACGCCGACGUGGCGUUGGGGGGCUGGUUUGCCAAGAACUUCCAGAUGACGGUGCGCGCCAAGGAGGGAACUAAAGACUUCAUGGAGGCCCGCGCGCGUUUCGCAUCCACACCGCCCCCCACCCUCGCGUCUGCGGAAAGGCUCGUAGGGCAUGAUAUCGUGUCUAAGGUAAACCCCAUGCUUACCUUGCAGCGCAUCGCCAACAAUUGGAACGUCAAAGCUUUCGCGCAGAACCCCUUCACCACCGACGCCGACAUCAGGGCUUUGCAGCUGGAUUACGUCAUUCUGACGCACAUGGGCUUCCUCCUCGUCGCAGACGGUCGCGUCGCUGUGGCUGCGUACGCGGCCGACAGCGAGAGCUUCGUGAGAGCCGCCAACCGCGUGAUGAAGUGGGACCCCAGCGUCGCCCUCCGCGACCUGCGCGAGUUGGCGCCCGAAGGCGCUGCGGGCGCGCGCGAGGAGGGGGACCAGGGCGUGGCCGAUCAGAUCUGCCAAGGCUUGAAGGACAUGCUCGACGGCAAGCCGGUGGAUCUUGACCGGCCCCGCGCUCUGGAGGCCCCUCUCGUCGCCGAGGUGCGCGGCCAGAGCGUGCCAGCGUCGCAGGUGGGCGCCCCUCCGCCCGUGGGCCCGCCGAGCCAGCUUGGCGCUUCGGCCGCGACAGCGCCGGGGCUCACGCAAGCCGCGCUCCCGGCCGCAGACGAGGCAGCAGCAGGAGCUGGAGGCUCUCGCAAAAGGAUGCGCACUGAGGCCCCGCUGGCGGAGGACAGUUUCGAGGAGGAGCCUGGGCUCAAGAAGAGGAUCCUGGUGUCUAUCCUGAGCAGCGCUCAGAGACCGCACACGGCUGCCAAGAACAAGUCCUCGUUCACUGGGGCCACCCCAGAGGUCAUCGAGAGUUCCAUGCGCCUGAUGAUUCGGUUCGCCGACGCCGCUGGCUUCGGAACGCUCCAACACGGAGGGUCCGCGGUGCAAACGCACCAGGUGCCUGCCGAGCACAAAGACGCUGUUUACCAGGAGCUCCAAUCACGCUUGGGCCUCAUGCCAAAAGGCACAAAGAAGAUGAAGGAUGCAAAUGAUGCUCGGGUGCCGUCGUCGGACUUCGACUUAUGA